AUGAUGAACAAGAGAUCAAGUUUCUACAUGUACAAAGGAAUCGGAGAAGUGUGCUCUGCGGCCGAUGAUACAUGUACAACUUUGGGCACUGCGUGUGUUGGUGAGGGCGGGAGUUCAAGUACAACAAAGUGUCUCUGUGACGGGGACUACGUGGCUAAUGAAGAUAGCAAAGCUUGUCUUAAAAAAUUGGGCACAUCAUGCGGGUCAACAACUGAGUGUGCCGGAGAUGGCGUGUGUGACACAAACUCUGACUCUUCGACAUGUGCUAUCGGGAGUGGUGGAACAUGCACUGCUGCGGAUUCCAAGUGUGUAGCCCAUUCAGAGUGUAUAGGGACAAAAUGUACCUGCACAAACGGAGACGCCGAUGAAUCCACAAAGCUUUGUCCAGCACCUAGCGGCGACAAACUAAUUGGAGUUGCAUGCAGCGCGACUAGUGAUGUAUGCACCACUGUGGGAACGGCGUGUGUUGAUGACGGCGGGGGUACAAGUACAACAAAGUGUCUCUGUGACGGGGAUUACGUGGCUAAUGCCGAUGACAGCGCUUGUCUUAAAAACUUGGAAACAUCAUGCGGGUCAACAACUGUGUGUGCCGAGGAUGGCGUAUGUGACACCAACUCUGACUCACCGACAUGUGCUAUCGGGAGUGGUGGAAAAUGCGAUGCUGCGGAUUCCAAGUGUGUAGCCCAUUCAGAAUGUACCGAAAGCAAAUGCACCUGUACAAACGGAGACGCCGAUGAAUCAACAAAGCUGUGUCCAGCACCUAGCGGCGACAAAGGAAUCGGAGAGGCGUGCACUGCGGCUGAUAAUGUUUGCACUACUCUGGGCUCGGCGUGUGUUGCUGACGGCGGGAGUACAAGUACAACAAAGUGUCUCUGUGCUGAUGACUAUGUGGCUAAUACAGAUAAUAGCGGUUGUCUCAAAAGGAAUGGUGGAACAUGCGAUGCCGAUUCGAAGUGUGUAGCCAACUCAAAGUGUACAGAGACGAAAUGUACCUGCACUAACGGAGAGGCCGAUGAAACAACGAAACUGUGUCCAUCUCGAAGUGGCGGUGAUGCAGACUCUUGUGCGGCACCCUACGCAGACAAAUGUGUAUUGAAUGCCGAAUGUACUACUAACACUUGUACAUGUAAGACGGGUUUUACGGCAACAAACAAACUCUGCAUUGGAGUUGCUCUCGGUGAUGCCUGCACGAAUGUAGCACCUUGCACUGCCGCAAACUCCGUGUGUGGAGGUGCGGAUAAUUCAAAGAUAUGCUCCUGCGCAGAUGGAUAUACAAAAGAAACAACCUUCUGCAAAGCAGGUGACAAAGACUCGUGUACGGCACCCAACGCAGACAAAUGUGUGUUGAAUGCCGACUGUACGGCUAACACAUGUUCAUGUAAGGCGGGUUUUAUGGCAACCAACAAACUCUGCAUUGGAGGUGACAAAGACUCGUGUACGGCACCCAACGCAGACAAAUGUGUGUUGAAUGCCGACUGUACGGCUAACACAUGUUCAUGUAAGGCGGGUUUUAUGGCAACCAACAAACUCUGCAUUGGAGGACACGCUGAAUCGUGUGCGUCACCAAACACAGGCAAAUGUGUAUUGAAUGCCGAAUGUACGACCAACACCUGUACUUGUAAAUCGGACUUUACGGCCACAAACAAACUCUGCAUUGGAGUUAGCGGUGGGACAUGCGAUGCUGCAAAAUCACAGUGCAUGACCUACUCCGAGUGUACAACCGAAGGAUGCACAUGCUCCAAUGGAGACGCUGAUGAAACCACAAAUCUGUGCCCAUCACCUAACAGCGGUUUUCGUGAAAUUUCAUCGAUGCUUGCUGUUGUGACGUGCAUCUGGCUGAGUCAGCUCUAA